AUGGCCUCGGCAGCAGUCCAAGUCUCAGCAGGCCACGGUCCCGGUCUGACAGAGAAGCCAACAGUCCCGGUCUCAGAAAAGCCACACCAUGUCCAGACGGCUUUGAACUUCUUCAAGGCAAAUGAAGACGGAUCCCCUCCAGCCCCGUCCUACGUGGGUAAGCCUGAGACAUAUGAUAGGGCGUCUGAGCCACUCGCUGUUACUGUCCAUGAUAUUAGUGGUCACGAGCUGGACUAUACUCUAGAUGGCCAGGGAUUCCAGCUUUACUAUCAUGAGAGCGCGGAGAAGGAGUUCGUCGAUGAUGAAAAGAUCAAGCGAGAAUAUUACCCCGAAACGGAGCAGUUGUUGAAAGAUGCCACCGGCGGCUCCCGAGUCUUCAUAUUCGACCACACAAUCCGCCGCGCAGGCGGAAAUCAACUCCGCGGUCCAGUCCAACGCGUCCACAUCGACCAAUCCUACUCCGCAUCGAAAGGCCGCGUCUCGCACCAUCUCCCCGACGAAGCAGAAGAGCUCCUAAAAGGACGGUAUCAAAUUAUAAACGUCUGGCGACCGAUUAAAACGAUCCUGAAGGAUCCACUCGCCGUGGCGGAUGCGCAUUCCGUCCCUGAUGAUAACCUGGUACCUAUUGGAUUAAUCUACCCGGAUCGUCGGGGCGAGACGUAUUCCGUUAGACCGGAUCCUAAUAUCAAGUGGUAUUAUCGUUACGGACAGACGCCGGAUUUGGUUACGCUGAUUAAGUGCUUUGAUUCGAAGGUUGAUGGGCGUGCGAGGCGGGUUCCGCAUACUGCUUUUGUAAAUCCCGAGACGGAGAAUGAGGUCGGGAGGGAGAGUAUUGAGGUUAGGGCUUUGGUUUUUCAUCCGGAGGAUCGGGAGUAG